GUGGAUCGAUUCAGGAUGAGACACAAUGUCUCCUUCAAGUUGGAAGAAAUGACAAACCUUUCAAGUACUUAAAGAAUUGUCUCUUGUUAUGCUUCUCUCCUCAGGGUCUUUCUAUGAGCAUUCCACCUGAAGAUUACUAUAGGCAAAGACUUACAGAAGUGAAGCGUAUUGGCUUGCAGUGGGCAGAACAUGCCAGGAAGGUUGCAACUGAUUCUGGAGCUCUCAGUUUAGAUAAAGUUUUUGAACUUAUCAUGGAAGGUGAAAAUUUUCCUUUUUACUUGGAGAAGGAAAUUAACUUACUACGAGAACGAAGUAUGCUUUAUUGUAUUUGUCGAAAGCCAUAUGAUCAGAGAAAAAUGAUUGCUUGUGAUCAAUGUGAUGAGUGGUACCAUUUUGAUUGCAUUAACUUAGUUUCCACACCAAAGGUCUACAUCUGUCCUGCUUGUAAGCCUCAACAACAAGACUUGUCUGCAACACCUUCAGUUGAUCUUGAUAGAUCAAUUAGUGUCAAGUUUGUAGAGCCUAAAACACCUCCUAAACAUACAAAGAAACUGAGAGAAGCUGAGCCUAGUCCAAGGCAAAAGAUGCUUUCAAUUACGGAUCAUAGUAAUAGUUUUAGCAGUGGGAUUGAAUGCUUAUGGUGGCGAAAUCGGAAGCCCUUCAGAAGAGCAGCAAAAAAACGUGCCGAGCUUGACACUCUUUCUCCAUUUUUCCAUGUUCAACAAUAAAACUGGAAGUAGAUGGUUAUCAAUCAUUUAAUUUAUUCAAUUGAUUUUUAUGGUUUCCGCUCAAUUAUCUGUUUUCAGCUCCUUGAGAAACAAUAAGAAAAUUGUGUCCUAUAAACACGUGCUCAUCUGCAUGUGAAAAUUUUUGAGCAGGCCCACAAUUUGAAAUUAAAUUGAGCUUCCUGUUCUAUGCUCUUCCUUU